ACAACCGUGAUUAAAGAGGACGGCAAAGAAGGAAAAUGGGGAAGAGGAGGGAAGACGAGUUUACAAAGGAGAGGGGCUAUAGGCAGUGCAGAAUCUGUAAUAUGAUAAAGAGUCCUCAGUAAUUCAAUUAUGUCGCCUUCCCUUUCCCAUUGAAAAUUCCUUGCCCCGCCCACAAUGGCCCCGCCCCUUUGCAAGACAUGUCGUGAUUUACGUUUCCAUACGAUACCCAUAGUAUUCCAAUCUAUCAAUCCGAUCUAAUUCCUGUAGGAUCUACUUUGCAUAAUCUCUCGGAGCAAACAAUUUAUCGAUUUUGUUACAUAACUCGAAAAGGGCGAAGUCUCGAAGGCACAUGAAUAGAUUUCUCCCCCAUUAUUCGGUGUGUGUGCUGUCCAUUUGCGGUAAUAUUGGAGACGUAUAGAACAAAAUAGAGUUGGGAAUCAUGGCUCCUCUUAUCACCCUCAUCUCCGGCUGCUCCACCGGGAUCGGCAUGGAGCUCGCGGUCAGGUUGGCCAAGGAUCCAAACAGCAAGUACCUGGUCUAUGCCACGAUGAGAAACCUAGGAAAGAAGGACGCCCUCACGGAGGCUGCGGGUGACAACCUCGACAAGACACUGUUCAUACGUCAGCUUGACGUCACACUAGAUGAUCAAGUUAAGAGCAUCUAUAAUUUCAUCAUGGAGAAACACGGGCGUAUUGAUGUUCUAGUUAACAAUGCUGGAUAUGGUUUCUUCGGACCUCUGGAGACGAUGGGUAUGGAUAAAGCUAAGAUCAUGUUUGAAACCAAUUAUUUUGGUACAGUUAGAUUGAUUAAAGGAGCUCUACCAGUCAUGAAGAAACAGAAAUCCGGUAGUAUCGUCAAUAUCAGCAGCAUUGUCGGACAUCUUGGUAUUCCGUUUAUGGACAUGUACAACGCUAGUAAGUUUGCAAUGGAAGGACUAACCGAAUCAUUACGGCCACAACUCAAAGAAUUUGGAAUAGGUAUUAGCACUGUGCAGCCUGGGCCCGUAUUGACUAAAUUUGGAGAAAAUAUGAUGGCGAUCUCUGAUUUAGAUGAGAACAGUGUAUCCGAAGAUACAAAGAAGCAAUUUAUGGAGUUUCGGAAGAUUAUUAGCAAUCCCGACAUCCUCAGUCCUCAGACAGCCGAGCCGGUCAUUGAUGUCAUCGUUAAAGCCAUUGAGGCCGAGAAACCACGACUACGCUACCCAACCAGUCCGAAUGUAGGUGAUUGGUUAGCCAAGAGAUACGUCACAGAAGAUGUAACGGGCACGGAGAGUUGGUUCUAAGAUCAGCACGUGUCCCGUCCGGGGCGAUUUUUUUUUCUUACGGAAAUGUCGGCCUUUUAUCUUUCUGUAUACCACAGAUAAGCCGUUUCGGAGUCUUUGAAUUAGGCUACAUGGCAUUGACUUCUGUUUUGUCCAAAGCCUCCCCUUUUUUUUCUUUUUCAAGUAAAAAAUUGAGAAAUUGUUAAUCUUAAGUACUUGCCUUUACAUUGGGAUUGGAACCUGGACAUAGCCAUUGCGCAAGGAUUAUCCCAUUGCGCUACGCUGACCGGUUUUACUCGAAUCAUUGCCAAUUAAUUUAAAUCUUUCCGGUGAUGUCGGGAAGAAAAUGUUCGUAGGAAAAAAUAAUCGCGUCCAGGGCAAAGGGACGUUUUUCCUACAAGUCCCGUUUCAUCUGUCAGUUACCAUAUAUAAUAGCAGUGUUUCUCAGCCAAUCAUAAUCAAUGAAAGUUGUCAAAUCUGACAACUUUUCGGACAAAAAAGGUGUUGGUGAAACGUUCUCCUUCGCGGUUUCCUUUUCACAAAUAUUUACAACUAUGUAACUUUGUCAUUAUUAUACGUGUCAUGGUAACCUUAAUUGUGAUAGGCUGCUGAGACCUGCGACCAUUGUAUUGGUCAUGAUUACAAAGUAACCAUAUUCGUAAUACUUUUUAUGCCAAAUAAUAUGUAUAUUAUGUUUCAAGUAAUGUGUUUCAUAAAGCUUUUGGUAAAGUCACGCACAACUUUAGCAUCUUAUUAGGUGCAAAGUUUAACACAAGAAAGUCUUUCAAGCCACGGGUAACCUACACGAGCAACUUUAUAUACGCCCCCCCCC